AGAAGCAACAUCUCAACCGGAUCGGAUAGCAAGAAUAAGAUUGCUUCUGUUUAUGUUGCAGUUUAAGAAGUUGUUCAAACGAUAGAGUGUUUGUUGUUGUUUCGGAGAUCCGUUUGUAGACACACGGUGAGGAUCAGGUUUUUGGAUAGUAAACACAAGCCUUCGGGUGAUUUUUUGAACGAUUUAGUGAAACGUGCAGCCAGUUGAAAUUUGGAAAAAGUGUCAAGAGACGUUUAAGAACUGUUUGGUGAAUCAACAAGUGACAAUUGAAUACAAGUGAUUUCAAGUUUUUAAGUCAAUACUUUAACAACGAUAUCAGUCGCGAGAUGGCAGUAGCCGGUUUGAACAUAUCGCCGAUGUUCUCUGGAUACCCGUUCCAAGGCCAGGGACGCGUGAACCAGCUCGGAGGAGUGUUUAUCAAUGGACGUCCACUGCCCAAUCACACUCGGCUAAAGAUUGUCGAAUUGGCAGCCAGCGGUGUACGGCCCUGUGUGAUCUCCCGUCAGCUCCGAGUUUCGCACGGAUGCGUGUCGAAGAUUCUGAACCGUUACCAGGAAACCGGAUCGAUUCGGCCGGGCGUUAUUGGUGGAUCAAAACCGCGCGUUUCGACGCCGGAAAUCGAAUCGAAGAUCGAGGAUAUGCGUAAAGCCAAACCAGGCAUCUUCAGCUGGGAGAUUCGCGAUGCUCUGAUCGAGGAAGGUAUCUGCGACAAGAACUCGGCUCCUUCGAUUAGUUCGAUCACUCGACUCCUAAAGGGACGUUACGGUGAGUUGGAACCUAGAGGAAACCAUUCCAUCAAUGGAAUUUUAGGAGGAUCGUCGUGCGAUGACGAUGAUGACGAUAGCGACACCGCGUCAGAACCAGGCUUUGAACUGAAGCGAAAACAGAGACGAUCUCGCACUACCUUCAACGGAGAGCAGCUGGAAGCUCUAGAAGUUGCUUUCGCCAGAACGCAAUACCCGGAUGUAUACACUCGCGAGGAACUUGCCCAAAAAACCAGGCUAACCGAAGCCAGAGUUCAGGUUUGGUUCUCGAACCGCCGAGCUCGGCUGCGUAAACACAUGAACUCAUCACAACUAUCGGCAUUCAAUUCUCAGUAUCCGUCACAGUUUGAGCAACAAGCUGCCGUUUCAGCAGCGGCCGCUGCUGCAGCUUCCGCUCCCGGUAUCGUGAAUUCGUCCGGAUUUGCCUCUUCAAUGCAAUCCUGGGGACAACCCUGCUACCCAACGGCCAACCAAACCUCGAUCCACGCUGCUUCUCAAACCGCCUACAAUCCGCUAGCCCAGACAAUGCUUCAUCCAACCUCAGCAACGAUGAGCCCACCAGCAUCCCUCAGCCCGCCAACUUCCACCAGUCCAGUGCACUCUGGACACAGCAAGAUGGCCCCAUCCUCCACGUCACCCGCGCAAAACUCUGCCGCCAACUAUAAUUACUUCCCUAUGCUUGACAAUAACCACGCACAAUCCUACGCAAUGAGCUCCGCGUACGCAUCCAACAAUGUCACAAGCUCGAAUGCCGCCGCCAUGGACAACAGCAAUUCCCAGUGGCGUUCAUCCCACUCCGCCCACAACAAAGCCGCCGAAUGGGACGCUUAUAGCUCAUUCUUCUCGAACAACAUGAACCACCACCACCAUCAUCACUACUCGAGCUCGGCCGCUGCUGCGGCUGUGGCUGCGGAAGCCAAAUCCGGAUAUCCCUACUUCGGCCAGCUAGGCGGACUGGAUAUGAGCCGUCUGCACUAGGUGAAGAACUCCGGUACCGAUUCCGAGCAGCACACACACAUCAAAGCAGGAGUGCUAAAAAACAAUAAAUUAAUCAUAAUUAACAGCUGCUGCCAUCUCGAUUCUUCACCCGCACAGACACACACACACAAACGUUAGCACGGAACGUGAGGAGGCGUGAAGAUGAAAUAUGGAUGGGGCGCUGUGCGGCCACACCACACACCCAACUAUCAUCGGCAUCGGCCAAAUGCAUAAUUUAUAAAGUUACUCGCACGUACCCGAUAGAUAAUAACACUUUCGAAGCGCGAGGUUUUUCCGGUCACUAAAGUUUAGUAGCCCGGCGGUACACUUUGUUUCAGUUCGUUUCGUGUUUUGUUUUUUUUUUUGCGCCGGGGUCUUGCCUCACAUCGUCGUGUUCACCCCUAAAAUGUACCUUAGCUAAUUUUUACGAGCCUUUGCGCGCCCACAUCCGCGGCGUGGCAGAAUGUGUAAAUAUUUGGACUGAAGUGUUUGGGGUUUAUGUGCCCCCUGUCCGCGUUUUAAUUUUAUUUUUUAGGCUUAAUGUGUUAGUUAUUAGUGCAGGUACAAGAGCAGGUGACGAAAUACAAUCGGAGAAAAUUUAUUAGACUGUUUUUAGAGCUUAGGAAAGAAUGUAACCGAUAAGGCGAACAGAAACUACGAUAUAGAGCAUUUCCUUAUGUUAGAUGAUAAGCAGAAAAGUGGUAUUUAUGUCUUCUAGUACAA